AUGGCGGCUCCGCUAAGACCAAAACAACGACAAGCUAUAGCAUCAGCAGUUGUUCGCGAUACACUUUGUGUCUUACCGACAGGGUUUGGCAAAACAAGAAUUAUUGAGAAUGUUCCGAAAGACAACAACUCAGUGGCGAUCGUUAUAAAUCCUUUGAGCUGUAUUAUAGAGCAACAGCUGCAGUCUUUCUCUCCCAAUGCCGUUAAAUUGGAAAGUUUAAGCAAAGAGGAAAUUUCGCAUGCCAGAGAUGGACUUGAACAUGGUAACAUACGAUACAUCCUUGUUCAUCCUGAACAAGCAAUCACCUCUGUGUUUAAGAAGUUUCUGAUGGAUGUCUCAACGGUUGUCAAUGUGUCACACAUUAUUGUCGAUGAAGCCCAUUGUAUAUUGUCAUGGGGAGCUUCACAGUUUCGUCCAGCAUUUCUUAAAAUUGGAACUCUUCGUGUGAUCCUCCCGGAUGCCAAAAUCUUAGCUUUAACUGCUACUGCGACGGAGGAAGCCCAAAUAUUCAUAAUGUCAAAUCUGAGUAUGUCAAAUGUGAACAUCAUAACCGAAUCGCCAGAUAGAAGAAAUGUAUUCUUGCAAGUUGAGGAGAGGUCUCCUUCAACUGGGGGUCAAAACAGUGCUGAAGAUUCUGUGUAUGCAGUUCUGGACAAAUUUCUGCAGAAACUUAAACUUAAAAAACAGAGUUUUGAGAAAACAAUAGUUUACCUCCCAUUGAAAUGGUGUGGCUUAGUCCAUCUUAGAGCCAAAAUCGUCUUUGAUAUGAAAACAAGAAUUGUCGAUGAACUGAAGAAGCCUGACAGUUCAAUUCGACUCCUUCUAGCUACAGAAGCCUGUGGAAUGGGAGUUGAUAUUCCAGAUGUAAGAUGCAUAGUACACCUCACCCCACCUAACAAUAUUGAAACAUUCAUUCAGCAAAUUGGUAGAUGUGGCAGGGAUGGAAGAAGAAGUGAAAGUUGUGUGUACUUCAACAAAAGUGACAUUGCAUCAAACAAAGUCAAUCUUAGUGACCAUGUGAGGAAGUACCUAUCCCUGGACAGCUGUAGGAGAAAGUAUAUUCUCAACUACUUUGGGCACAGUGAUGAAGUUAUCAGCGAGCAAAAUAUUGACUGUUGUGAUAACUGCAGUAAUUGUGCAAAAGUUUACUGA